GUCCCAGUGGAUAGAACUUAGAAGUAUGGAGAAAGUGCUAAACACUCCUCUAAGAAUCUAUAAGUAACUAGCAAGCCCUCCUCCAUCAACCAUCAAAAUUGAAAGCAAGUAAACACGAGCAGACACAGAAAAUUCUCAAAAAAGCUCACUGAAAAUGUCACUGAUCCCAAGAAUCUUCUGCGAUCGACGAAGCAGCAGCAUGUUCGAUCCAUUUUCAAUAGACGUGUUUGAUCCCUUGAAGGAAUUAGGCCUCCCUGGUGCCCAUUCAGCUGCAUUUGCUAACACACGAGUCGACUGGAAGGAAACUCCAGAAGCUCAUGUGUUCAAGGCCGAUCUUCCAGGGCUUAAGAAGGAGGAAGUGAAAGUAGAGAUCGAAGAGGAUAGGGUUCUUCAAAUCAGCGGAGAGAGGAAUGUGGAUAAGGAAGAUAAGAAUGAUAAAUGGCAUCGCGUGGAGCGAAGCAGCGGGAAAUUCAUGAGAAGAUUCAGACUUCCAGAGAAUGCAAAGAUGGAUCAAGUUAGGGCUUCUAUGGACAAUGGAGUGCUUACUGUUACGGUUCCAAAGGAACAAGUGAAGAAGCCUGAUGUUAAGUCCAUUGAGAUCUCUGGUUAAAAUGUUUUGGCUGGAAAAAGUAUAUAUGCAGUAUCAAGUAUGGUGUUUAUUGUUGAAGAUUUGGAGUUUUUUUUUUUUCCUUUUCUGCAUGUGUCUUUUGCUGAGUCGUCUUCCUAGUUGGCUGUUACCUAUUUGAUGUAUUUCUCUUGAGAACUCUAUAUGUGGGAAAAAAUGUAGUAAUAAUAGUAUUUCUGGUGCCA